CGUAUUAUAUACAAAUCAAAAAUCAAUAUCCCUAGCGGGACACUCGUUCAGCAUGCACUCAUCGAUAUUUGCAUAGCAUACCAGCGUUGCAGGACACGGUGACCUUAAUGAAUAUGUACAUACGGGUAGACGCGUUUGACUAAAAAUAAAUCGGUGCAUUGUCUGUGCGGGUAUUUUUCACUGGCUGUAACCCACCAAAUGUAGGUAAUGUAGUCCCGCUGUAGAUAUAAGCCCUUGAUCCUAAAAUAGCUCAAGCUGUCGAGUAACACAACAAGACGCCAUUACCAACCCUGUCAAACGACAGGUAGGGCAGGUCUUAGAGCGAGCACCUUGUGUAUGUUCGCCGUGUAAUGUAAAUGUGUGUCGAAGGUCUGAAAAUAGCUUUACAUCAUUGAACAACACAGGGAGACGCCAUUACAGUCCCCGUGAAAGGUAACACACGAAAUCAAGAUGGCUGCCGAUUGUAUUGGUGACUACCGGACACUAAAACUAUUAGGAAAAGGACAGUUCGGGGAAGUGUAUAUGGGCGAACGCAGGACUGAUAAGAAACGUUUCGCGCUGAAAAGUAUAUGUACUAAGUAUGUGUUCCGGGGCAUAUCGAUGGACAGGAUUCUGAGAGAAGUGGAGUCUCACAAAUCGCUCCCAAAGCAUGAAAACAUUCUGGAUUUCAUAGAAAGCAUCAGUGUAGGUGGUUACUUGUACAUAGUAUUGGAGCUCUGUGAACUCGGGACCUUGGAGGACUAUGUGACCCCGAAGAACCCGGACAGAGAAACGGCGUUGUCAUUCAUGGUCGACCUAGCACGAGGGUUGAACCAUCUCCACAGCAAUGGUAUUGUUCACAGGGAUAUCAAGCCAGAAAACAUUUUACUUGCCGAACAAGCACGCGGAGCACCAAGAUGCAAGAUAUCGGACUUUGGUGUUGCAAGAAUAAUGGACAUCCCAUCGGCUGAUUCCAAACUGGACGGUCGAUUUGGCGCCAUGGGUAGUUUAGCUGGCGAGGAGUACUUCAACACACUCUGCGGUACUCCUAUCUACCUUGCACCAGAGGUAGGAGACAAACAUUACACAAAACACUGUGACAUUUUCUCCCUUGGAGUCGUCUUCUAUGUGCUCUUUUCGCCGGAACGAACCAGAGAGGGACGGCUUUCGCCCUGGGUGAAAAACGGAACGCUUUUCUACGUAGCGUCAGAUUAUGACAUUAAACAACAGAUUGAGAAGCAUGUACACGAUGAAGGAAUCUGUGAGUUGAUUUUAUCAAUGCUGAAAACAGAUUAUCAUUCUCGGAUACCUGCCUCUGCCCUGGAGGAAGAACUUCUUCGCGUUGCUGUCCCCGAUGAUGAGGUGUUCUUCGUGGCGUGUUUCCUCGUGGCAGUGACUCUCAUGUUUCUGAUCUUCCCUGCACCAUUAUUCGUGUUAGCGCUGUUCCUGUUGACAUUUGGAUGUUGGCAGUUUGUUCCAAGAGGAUUCUUCCGGGGCAUAUUGUGAAUAACCUUGAUACUGCAAAAUUGUGUUUUUGGGGGUGGUGUUUGUUGUUUAACGCCACACUCAGCAAUACUCAAGCUAUAUGACGGCGGUCUGUAAAUAAUCGAGUCUGGACAGGACAAUACAGUGAUUGACAUCAUAAGCAUCGAUCCACGCAAUUGG